CUACGUGAAUUUUCGCUUGUUUUUGUACGGGCCCGACACACAGUUUGGUAUCUUCUUGGCUGAGGCUCAAAAGAAGUCAGUCGUUCUGAAAAUGGACACAGGAGUUGUCCCAGAAAAGAAAAGGUACGUUAGCCUCUAGCUAACCAGCCGAUUAGCUAGCUAACUUUACUAGGUAACGGUAAGUAAUGUGUUGUGUUUCGUUCUGCUUGGUUUAAGAUUUUGAGGCGUUUGCGUAACUAGUUAACUAGCUAAAGCUAGCCUAGCCAGCUACAGUAACUGUUAGUUAGAGACGACUCGAUAUUUUAAUUUCUAGAACUAACGUUAGCUAGCUAACAAACGUUUUAAUAAGGCUGCCGUAAACUAGUGACACUGACAGCCAAUGUGUUAAAAGGUCGCGAGAUAUGGGUCCACUUGCUGUCACUUGAUUUGCCCUGUUGCCCACCUUGACCUUCUUGGUCCCGAGACAUAUCACGUAUGGGACAUGUUCGACCACGGAAUACACAGGAAUGAUAGUGAGAACUUUUUUUUGAGUUGCUGAAUGCAGAUCAUGAACGUUUUAAUGAAUUGUUGAAAUAUGUAUUUUUGAGGUUUGCAAAUGUUGAGUCAAGAACAGGCAAGAAAGCCAGUUGUCACGUUUACUUCAAGGUAUGUCAACUCCAUUCUCUGGCCUUCAUUGUAAAGGUGUUGCAAUCUAUUGGAAGAUGCUGCUGUUAGUGGUUGCUCCUUAAAAUAUUCAGAAUUCAAUUAAAACUGUUUGGCGCCUCAAUAAUUUAGAUCGUUUAGUUGCCAUAGGCCAAUUUAGUGGUAUCAGUGUGAACCAAUGUAGGCUGUUAUAUGGUAGACCACUACUUUUGUUGUUACAGUGUAAUAUUCUCUGGGGCUAUGUGGGUAGAAUUUAGACAUUUAUACUUAAAUAGGUUAUGAGGUUUGCGUCGGCGAGGGAGCUUUUAUUUGUUACCAUAUACCUUACUUAAAACUGCUGAAAUUAAUCCAACAUACUGUUUUGCUCUCUAUGCCUACUUUCACAACAAUUUCACACUGCUUUUCCGCAGGUUCUUAUACCAAAACAGAAAGCAAAACCAUUGCAAAAAGUGUCAAGGUUAUUUUAAUGUUAUAGUACUCUGAAGUGUUUGCCAGUCCACAGAUUGCUGUGACCUUAUUAUUUCUGUAUCACUUCUUAAUCACUGAGAGCCUGACGUCAAUGGGAGUUCCUGGCAUAAAGUGUGCGGCAAUUCACUGGAUGCCAGGAAAGGCCUUUAAUUGGCACUUUAUUUUGUACAUAGGCCAAAUUAAGUAAAAAGCCUGUCCACCGAACAAAACAUCUAUUUAAGAUAGCAUUUUUGUGUGCAAGUAUGGGUCUUUCAUGAUCCAUGGGCUUUUUGCACAUCUGUGGUCUUAAAUAUUUUUUCUAUCAUAGGCAUAGGGCUAUCUUUAAGGCGCUGACAGACAGCUAGCGGCGGACGGGGUGUCAGACAUUUGUCUCUUGCAGUCACGUUGCGCAUAUGUAUGUAUAUAUACACUACCGUUCAAAAGUUUGGGGCCACUUAGAAAUGUCCUUGUUUUCAAAAGAAAAGCAAUUUUUUUGUCCAUUAAAAUAACAACAAAUUGAUCAGAAAUAUAGUGUAGACAUUAUUAAUGUUGUAAAUGGCUAUUGUAGCUGGAAAAAGCUGAUUUUUAAUGGAAUAUCUACAUAGGCGUACAGAGGCCCAUUAUCAGCAACCAUCAGUCCUGUGUUCCAAUGGCACGUUGUGUUUGCUAAUCCAAGUUAAUCAUUUUAAAAGGCUAAUUGAUCAUUAGAAAACCCUUUUGCAAUUAUGUUAGCACAGCUGAAAACUGUUGUGCUGAUUAAAGAAGCAAUAAAACUGAUCUUCUUGAGACUAGUUGAGUAUUUGGAGCAUCUGCAAUUGUGGGUUCAAUUACAGGCUCAAAAUGGGCAGAAACAAAUAACUUUCUUCUGAAACUCGUUACUCUAUUCUUGUUCUGAGAAAUGAAGGCUAUUCCAUGCGAGAAAUUGCCAAGAAACUGAAGAUCUUGUACAACGCUGUGUAUUACUCCCUUCACAGAACAGCGCAAACUGGCUCUAACCAGAAUAGAAAGAGGAGUGGGAGGCCCCGGUGCACAACUGAGCAAGAGGACAAAUACAUUAGUGUCUAGUUUGAGAAACAGACGCCUCACAGGUCCUCAACUGGCAGCUUCAUUAAAUAGUAUUCCCAGAUUUUGUGGUCUCUCGUUUCUCCAUCACAUUUUGCGCAGCAACAUGCUCUGCCACUUCUCACAAUGGUGUUUAGAUCAAAGCUGAAUCAAUAUCUUGGAAGAUCAUGUAAUGAUUUAUUAUUCUACAUAACAUAACCAAAUAUAAUAGCAUAGUAUAGCAUUACUGUUACACCAAAAACACCACCUAAUUUCUUAUGAGAUUGUAGGAUGGUAGCUGAAAUAGUAAAAUUAUCAUGCGGCCAAAACUCAACAAUGCGCGCCACAAGGCAGAAUGUGCUUUGAUUGAAACAAAAUACAGGAAGGCUAUAUACAGUUUAACACCAUCUUCUUUUAAUGUGCUCACUAAACAGUAAUUCAAGAAGAUCUAAAUGCAUAUUCCCAUGAAACUGAUUGAGAUCAAAUUAUUGGCAUGUAGACGCAAUUUGGACAUUUCACUGGUAAAAUGUGAAGAAUUAUCAUUCACGGUUGACAUUGAUGAUGCCAUGGCCUAUUUUGAAAUAAGGUAUGGGUAACUUGUUUGAGUGUAUUUAAAGUAUAAAAACAUCUUAAAUGUGUGGGCAUAGUCAGAUGUUGCAAUUGGAGAAUGCAUAUAUAUAUAUAUUUUUUUUUUUACUUUUUACCCCUUUUUCUCCCCAAUUUCGUGAUAUCCAAUUGGUAGUUACACUCAUGUCCCAUCGCUGCAUUUCCCGUACGGACUCGGGAGAGGCGAAGGUCGAGAGCCAUGCAUCCUCCGAAACACGACCCUGCCAAGCCGCACUGCUUCUUGACACACUGCUCGCUUAACCCGGAAGCCAGCUGCACCAAUGUGUCGGAGGAAACACCGUACAACUGGCGACCAUGUCAGCGUGCAUGCACCCGGCCCUCCACAAGGAGUCGCUAGAGCGCGAUGGGACAAGGACAUCCCGGCCGGCCAAACCCUCCCCUAACCCGGACGACGCUGGGCCAAUUGUGCACCGCCUCAUGGGUCUCCCGGUCGUGGCCGGCUGCAACACAGCCCGGGAUCAGAUAAUGCAUUUUAUGCCUAUUCUAUAAUGUCGGUACAAGCGUUGAAAUUAUAAUUUAGAUUUAGAUUGCUCUCUGGCACCUAAAUAAUUGGCACUACUCCAUGAGCGAGAGGGGGAUUUGUGUGUGGGGGGGUGCUGCCAAAUGUUUUUAUUAAUGUUGGCUACACCAGCAAAUGUCCCGCAAAAUCAUCCUGUUGUCCCGCAUUUGGGUAUUUUAAAUGUGGUCACCCUGCUAACGCUAUCAGUUUAGAGAGUCACGUUGAACAAUAAAAAUAAUAGUUUUCGAAUCCAUUUCUGUUGCAUGUAAAUAUAAUAAUAUAAUAUGCCAUUUAGCAGACGCUUUUAUCCAACACGACUUAGUCAUGUGUGCAUACAUUUUUACGUAUGGGUGGUCCUGGGGAUCGAACCCACUACCCUGGCGUUACAAGCGCUAUGCUCUACCAAUUGAGCUACAGAGGACCACCCAUACGUAAGGAUAUGUUUUUAUGCAUGCCAGUGGCUUUAAAGCGAUAUUUUUUUCACGUCGAUAAUGUUUGUUUAUUUUGUUGCUAUGGUCACCGGCGUCUGUCGCCCUCUUGUGUGAAGGCGCUAAUAGCAUUGACUAGAGGGAGAAGUGGUGUACUCGGCUGGGAACUCGUCGAUAUUCCGCUGGCUGCCUGAAAAGCUCUUAAAUCCUGUUCUGUACUAAUUCUGUAGCUACAGGAUGGACCUAUUUCAUCAGCUUCAUUUCCACAAGAGCAUCAAACCAAAGCCUGGAGUGAUGUGUCUGAGAUGUAUCAUUUUGGGUUUGAGAGAUGAAUAUUUAUUCGAGAUUGCAAGAUUAUUUGGAGGGAUCAGAAAUAAGAAAAUGAAGAAUUUGUCAAUGUGCUCCAUUGAAAAUAGAUUCUUAGAAUAGUUUGUAAACAAUUUGUUGUUUUGCACAGUGCCCUACUGUCCACUGGUACAGCCUGGAAGAGGUUAUGUAACACAACAGCCGAGGCUAUGUUUUCUGUUACACUGAAUGCUAGUGACAGAUCACCCGAAACAGUUCCAUGUAAAAGCAGGGGUGUGGUCAUUGGUUCAAACCGUUGCAAGCGGUUGUGUUUUGCAACGAAAACGAGAGUUCUAAUGGACAAAUUGGUUCCUAGUGAAUACACCCCAGUUCAGUCCGUGUUAAUAAUUCAGUCAGGGAAUGGGGUAACAAUAAAAUUGGUAAUUGUACAGCACUGAAUACGACACCUGUCUUUUGACCCAUGUCUACCUGUUUGAAUGACUCAGCUUUAUCUUAAUUACUUUCUUAUAUAAUGGCGAGUGUUUUAUUAUAAAACAGGGCAAUUUAAGGCUAACUAACAACAUACAGCGUAGGCCUUACUAGCACAUUUGUUGUAUCUGCAAGGCAAAUGACAUGCAGAAUGCUGGUAGUCAUGCAUGUGCAUAGGGAUGUUAUGAAAUGGUGGCCUCUUUUAUCCUCUGUUUUGAGAUCAAGGGUUCUGUUUUCAUCCCAUAUUUGUGAUCCUCAUGAAUGAUGAGGAUCAAGGCAGUUCCUUCUGCUUUUAGAGAAAAGAACAGCCUCCCGUCUGUAGUGUGGAGGGGGUGAUGCACCAAUAAAACAGCAGCAGGAGAUUCCUGUAUACUGUAGUAGCUUUGUUUGUACUGCACAGAGUUCACUUUGUAGUUUUUGUGCUUCAGUCUAAACCAGGACUUUUCAGAUUGAGGGUUUCCAGACAUUUCCUGUAUUCUCUGUGCAUAAGCCAUACUUGUCUGUCAAAUCAGAAUAGAUUCCAUACAAAUACAUAGCACAGAGAUACGUUUAGAUUUUAUUUUACCUUCAUGUGGCCGAUUUCCACAGGUGAAGACCUAGAUACUCAUAUAUUUAAAAAAUGUUUUGCCUCACUUAGCAGUGGUUGGUUUGUUGAAAGCAAUGAUUAUUGAAAUAUGUUGCUAUGGCAAGUGACCAGGAAGGACUCUGUAGCGGAGGGUGAAAGUGUGUUGAUGGCGCUAUGCAGAACUGGUUGCAUAACACAGAGGAUCAGCUUUCAAACUCAGACCCCAGAAAGGCAGACAGUCAGGGCCUCAUGUGGUCUGGGAGAGCUGACUGAGGAUAGUGUAAAUAUUUGGCCCCCGCUGACUGAGCUCCUGACCUGCACAGUCAGUCUGUCAGCUUGGUAAAUAGGCACAGACAGAAAGUCAGACUGCUACCUACCUACUGACUGCCUGUCUGUCAGUUUGACUUCAGGUUGAGGGAAUGCAUGGGUUAGUCUCAUCAUGCAUGCACGUGAUGCAAAACCUGCAGACCCAUUCACUGAUCAUGCAAAAUAUUUGGGUUGCAAAGCAGACCUCCAUCUAGGCUACUCAUUUGUGUGUGGACAUGUACAUUGAGGUGGAUCAGAUUCUGUCAUUAACUGUUAGGAGGGACUUGUUUCUGUACUCUAAAAAACGUUAGGAAAUGUGCGAGUCUAUAUAAGCUAGUAGUAAAUUAUAUUUAAAUAAAUUACAUUCCAUUAGGUAGCUGAUGCAUUUUCCUGAUUUACAGACAGUCUCAAAUAAUAUAAUUAUGUGACUAACUCCAUAACAGAUAAAUUGCAAUUGUUUCAGGUUUCGGAGGGCUUUUUUACUGACGUCUUUAUUUUCAUGGAGAGCGCUGCACUCUGUUUGAUUUACGCUGCUGUCUGUAGGGUUAAGACCACAACUCAGCAGCAGCCUCUGGUAUGCAUUGGUGUCAUUGCCUUGACUUGUGUCUACAAUCUCUACAUGCUUCAAUACAUCUGGACAAGACAGACAAUAAGCCAAGCAUGUGUUCACAUUACAUGUGGGAGAUAAAACCAGUCAAAAGUUUUAGAACACCUACUCAUUCAAGGGUGUUUCUUUAUUUGUACUAUUUUCUACAUCAAAACUAUGAAAUAACAUAUACAGAAUCACGUAGUAACCAAAAGUGUUAAACAAAUCAAAAUAUAUGUUAUAUUUGAUAUUCUUCAAAUAGCCACCCUUUGCCUUGAUUACAGCUUUGCACAAUUUUGGCAUUCUCUCAACCAGCUUCAUAAGGUAGUCACCUGGAAUGCAUUUCAAUUAACAGUUGUGUCUUCUUAAAAGUUAAUUUGUGGAAUUUCUUUCCUCCUUAAUGCGUUUGAGCCAAUCAGUUGUGUUGUGACAAGGUAGGGGGGGUAUACAGAAGAUAGCCCUAUUUGGUAAAAUACCAAGUCCAUAUUAUGGCAAGAACAGCUCAAAUAAGCGAAAGAAACGACAGUCCAUCAUUACUUUAAGACAUGAAGGUCUGUCAAUACGGACAACUUCAAGAACUUUGAACGUUUAUUUCAAGUGCAGUUGCAAAAACCAUCAAGCGCUAUGAUGAAACUGGCUCUCAUGAGGACUGCCACAGGAAUGGAAGACCCAGAGUUACCUCUGCUGCAGAGGAUACGUUCAUUAGAGUUACCAGCCUCAGAAAUUGCAGGCCAAAUAAAUGCUUCACAGAGUUCAAGUAACAGACACAUCUCAACAUCAACUGUUCAGAGGAGACUGUGUGAAUCAGGUCAUCAUGGUCGAAUUGCUGCAAAGAAACCACUACUAAAGGACACCAAUAAGAAGAAGAGACCUGCUUGGGCCAAGAAACACGAGCAAUGGACAUUAGACCGGUGGAAAUGUGUCAUUUGGUCUGAUGAGUCCAAAUUGGAGAUUUUUGGUUCCAACCGCUUUGUCUUUGUGAGACGCGGUGUGGGUGAACGGAUGAUCUCUCCAUGUGUAUUUCCCACCGUAAAGCAUGGAGGAGGAGGUGUUAGGGGCGGCAGGUAGCUUAGUGGUUAAGAGCAUUGUGCCAGUAACCGAAAGGUCGCUGGUUCUAAUCCCCGAGCCGACUAGGUGAAAAAUCUGUCGACGUGCCCUUGAGCAAGGCACGUAACCCUAAUUGCUCCUGUAAAUCGCUCUGGAUAAGAGCGUCUGCUAAAUGACUAAAAUGUAAAAAAUGUGUUAUGGUGUGGGGGUGCUUUGCUGGUGACACUUUUUGUGAUUUAUUUAGAAUUCAAGGCACACUUAACCAGCAUGGCUACCACAGCAUUCUGCAGCGAUACACCAUCCCAUCUGGUUUGGACUUAGUGGGACUAUCAUUUGUUUUUCAACAGGACAAUGACCCAACACACCUCCAGGCUGUGUAAGGGCUGUUUUACCAAGAAGGAGAGUGAUGGAGUGCUGCAGCAGAUGACCUUGCCUCCACAAUACCCCGACCUCAACCAAAUUGAGAUGGUUUGGGAUGAGUCGGACCGCAGAGUGAAGGAAAAGCAGCCAACAAGUGCUCAGCAUAUGUGGGAACUCCUUCAAGACUGUUGGAAAAGCAUUCCAGGUGAAGCUGGUUGAGAUAAUGCCAAGAGUGUGCAAAGCUGUCAUCAAGGCAAAGGGUGGCUACUUUGAAGAAUCUCAAAUAUAAAAUACUUUUUUGGUUACUACAUGAUUCCAUAUGUGUUUUCAUAGUUUUGAUGUCAUCACUAUUAUUUUACAAUAUAGAAAAUAGUAAAAAUAAAAAAUAAACCUUGAAUGAGUAGGUGUUCUAAAACCUUUGACCGGUAGUGCAUAUAUAUUGAUUUGACAAGAAACUCUGAAGGGGAUUGAAAGGAGAUGUUUUAUUGUCGUCUUUGAUUCGGCAGGCUCGUUUUGUUUUUUUCCCCAGGGGAUAUUUGUUAGUGUAUAGUUGAGCUCUAAUAUAUUAGCCUACAUGUUUUAACAUUCUCUCACUCAAUGGAGAAUCGCAAUGUGGCCUAUUUUGUACAGAAUUUAUCUUAGUUUUCUGGACCUCUUUGGGACCGAUCUUAGAGAAGCAGAGACUGCAUUGUUUUUCCACGUGGUUCAAAAGUGGCUCCUUUUGUUCAUACUAUGGUUGCUGUUGCAUGAAGUGGACAAUUUUAGGAGGCUGUCAUUUGUCCAGUAGCCUGUGUGUCUUUAAUGUAAGUGUAUGUGUCCCAAAAGAGGCCUGUCUGUCCCUCCUCGCUGUCCCUCAGUAGUGGAGGAUUGUAGCAUUGGCAGGUGGAGAGGCUUGGCAGUGCACCAAGCAGGCAGAGUGGAGAAUCUACUGCGUAUCACACACAACCAAGUCCCCACUCCCAGCCAAUCACUCCAUGGGGGCUCACUGUGCUUCCUUUGGUUUACUGCCAAUAAGACGGCAGGCAGGGCCAGCGUAUGUAAAUGAGCCUACUAGGGUGAGAUGGCUGGACUGAGAGCUUGUUGCAGACCCCAGCCGAUGCAGCCUUCCACACUGUGCCUUGCCAGUGGCUUAGUGCGCAGAGUGGGCAGGCAGACAACAAGGAUGGUGGUGUGUGUGUUUGGCCCGGGCUCUGACUUGCAUCUUGUUGAUCGGCCUGUCUCCCACAGCAGGGUGAGCUCGGAGCGGAGGAAGGAGAAGUCCCGGGAUGCGGCGCGAUACCGGAGGGGGAAGGAGUCUGAGGUGUUCUACGAGCUGGCCCAGGAGCUGCCCCUGCCCCACAGUGUCACCUCCAACCUGGACAAGGCUUCUAUCAUGAGACUGGCCAUCAGCUAUCUGCGCAUGAGGAAACUGCUGAGCACAGGUCAGUACCCCCUGGGGAGUGAGGAAGAGGAAUAUGGUAGUGUCCAAAUUAGAGGGACA